GGUGAGUGAAGUGAGAUUCUGCCACUACUUGAUGUGUGGGGCGCCAGUGUCCAAUCAUAUCUUGCAUUGGUGAAAUGCCCGUCAAAAAACCCAUCCCAAACUGAAUUUUCAUACAUCUUGAAGAGCUUAAUCAACAACAUUUCACAAACAAAUUCAGCUCAGGGUGCUAAAUUCAUACUCACUGGAAAGCUUGAAGUAUUGUAAUACCGCAUUGUCUUGAUUUCUGACAUUUUAUUUUCCUGCAGCUGAAGAGCACCAGCAUCACAAGUCACAUUUCUUUACAUUUGCCACAAGCUGUUCAUCAGCUACAAAUACUCGAAGAUGGCACCUCAAACGCGCAAGAGAAACUACAACCAGAAUGCAACGAAAGAUACAUCUAUGGAGAAACCGACACCGGAAGAAAAGCGCAAGCUGCCCGUAAGAGCCAAAGACGGUGACUCCAGUGACGGUGCAACGCCAACUUUAACGGAAUUAAAGGGCACCAAGGUGAUCUUUGGAGACGACGACAAUGACAACCCGGCGCCUCCCCCUGUGUUAGUCUCAAAACCUGCUGCGCAGGUAGAGGAAGAUGAGGAUGGUAGUGACGAUGAAGCACCUGAGGCCGUAUCAACUUCUAAAAUGGCGUCUGAUAUCAAGAAAUCCAACCAAGCAGCUCAGAAAGCAGCACAGGAGGAAGCUGCUGCACAGAAGCGCAAGCGUCGGGAAAGGGAUGGUUUUUUCAAGCAACAAGCUGAAGAGCGCAAAAAGUUGGAGGAGCAAGAGAAGGCCGGGACAAAUGAAGAAGCGUCCAUUGAAGAGGGGCCGGCGCAGUCACUCAUACAACGAAGCAAAGCAGAGAACGCGGUGAACCUGUUACCCGCCGAGUUUUUGGCAGAUUCCAGCGAGGAUGAGGCUGAUGAGAUUAACGAUCAACCAGAGGAACGUCCAAGGAAACGCCGUGUUGCCACUGUCGAAAGAAACCUGGCCCGCCAGGAAAGGGGACCUAGGGAUGAGCGGGUAGGCUCAACUGUCUACCGCGUUGCUAAAAAGACGGAUGAGAGGAUGGCACCUAAGUUGAAGAAGCAUGCAAAGAGCUCUAAAGAUAUUCUCUUGAAGAGAAACAGAAGUGUCACGAAGCAACGGCCUGGUUUCUUCGUCCGGUAGAGGAAUAACCAGGUAUCAUUUCUUUGUCACUUCAGCUCAAUACCAUAUUACCACAGCCAGGAGUCAUUCUGCUCAAAACACUACAGUCGUCUAUUUCAGAACUAGCGAUUCGUUUACUUGUUCUCUACCGGCAGUAGUCACGACAUGUCCAUCAAUAAUAUAAAGCAUAGUUCUCAAACGAAUCGUUGUCUUUGAUUGCCACACCAUCGAGAUCUACAGUUUUACAUGUAUUCGAAUAUCACUUUGCUCGGC